GGACAACUCAGCCCCGCAGCUGCCGACAGAGUCUUUCCCAUUAGAUCUGUGGUAUCAGUUGACCCAAACCCUACGCCAUCUGCCCGACAACGUGAGCGCGAUUCAUACUUUCAGCAUGCUGCACAGGCGCGCCGUAAGUCUAUACCUAGUGGUGAUUACUCACACGAGGGCACUCCACCUCGCCUCCAGCAGACCGGUGUGGAGCGUCCAGCCUCACCUCGAGCACGGCAACCCGCACUGGGUUCGCAAAGCAGGCAGGGCUCUACAUCAUCUACGGCUGAAUCAUCAUUAGAUGCGCCGCGGAUGUCGCCCCAGCAGCGGCAUAACCCUCAGACCUUCAAUGACAUCAUCUCGAGCGACACAAGCAGUGAUAAGAGCACCGCGGACCGUGAUUCGGUUGCACGCGGUGUCUCCGAGGACCGACCGUCAAAUUCCCGAUCUGGUUCGUUCAGAAGUACCAGAACCACACAGGAUGAGACUGGCCCCCUGGUCACGGCUCGUUUUAAGCACGUCAUCACGGAAGGCGGACAUGCCGUUGUCACAGGUCGAGAUGGGGAGACUUUGCAGCGUUGCGAGGAUGAGCCAAUCCACAUUCCAGGCGCUGUGCAAGGUUUUGGACUCCUUGUAGCAUUGGAAGAGCAGUCAGAAGGCCGGUUGCUCGUCCGCAUCGUUAGCGAGAACUCGAAGCGUUUGAUCGGCUACACUCCAAAGCAACUAUUUGCUCUCGAAAGCUUCACCGACAUUCUGUCUGAAGAGCAGACAGACAACCUACUGGACCAUGUUGACUUUAUUCGCGAUGAGGAUGCCGACGUCAUGGUAAAUGGACCUGAAGUCUUCACAAUGUCAAUACGCUCGCCUCAGCGCAAGAGCCAGAAGAUGUGGUGCGCCAUGCAUAUCAAUGACAGGCAUCCGAACCUCAUCAUCUGCGAGUUCGAGCUAGAAGACGACCCUGUGAACCCACUAGUCCCGCCCCAUGAGAGCACCCCGGAACCGGCCGAAGACACAAUGCAGUCACAGCCGACAGAUGAGGAGUUCGCGGAAAGCACGCACAACGCUAGCAAGCCUCUGCGAGUGCUUCGAUCAGCCAGAAAGCGGAAAGGCGAGGCGGCGGCGAUGGAGGUGUUCAACAUUAUGUCACAGGUGCAGGAGCAACUUGCCGCCGCCCCAAAUCUCGAGAAGUUCUUAAAGAUCCUAGUGGGCGUUGUGAAAGAGCUGACAGGCUUUCAUCGCGUCAUGGUCUAUCAGUUCGACCAAGCCUGGAAUGGCCGGGUCGUCACGGAGUUGGUUGACCCUCGCGCCACCAAGGAUCUGUAUAAGGGCUUGAACUUUCCCGCAUCGGACAUUCCAAAGCAGGCACGUGAGUUGUAUAAGGUCAACAAGGUUCGCAUGCUGUACGAUCGCGAUCUGGAAACGGCGCGAUUGGUAUGCCGGACAGUCGAGGACCUGGAGCAUCCGCUGGAUUUGACGUACAGCUACUUGCGCGCCAUGAGCCCGAUCCACCUGAAGUACCUUGCGAACAUGGCUGUUCGCAGUAGCAUGUCGAUUUCCAUCAAUGCAUUCGAAGAGCUGUGGGGCCUCAUUUCGUGCCAUGGCUACGGCUCGAGAGGCAUGAGGGUGUCCUUCCCGAUACGCAAGAUGUGUAGACUGGUCGGAGAUAGUGCAUCACGCAACAUAGAGCGGCUGUCGUAUGCUUCAAGACUGCAGGCAAGGAAGCUGAUCAAUACUGUACCAACGCAGAACAAUCCGUCCGGUUAUAUCAUUGCCUCAAGCGAAGAUCUUUUAAAGCUGUUUGACGCAGAUUUUGGACUACUCAGCAUACGCGACGAGACGAAGAUCCUUGGGCACCUCGAGCAAAGUCAAGAAGCGCUAGCAAUGCUGGAAUAUUUACGGAUGCGAAGCAUCACGAACGUCAUGACUUCGCAGGAUAUACGGGAAGACUUUCCGGACUUGCGGUAUCAACCUGGCUUCACCGUUAUUGCAGGUCUUUUGCUUGUGCCGCUGUCAGUCAGUGGACAGGACUUUAUUGUUUUCUUCCGGAGGGGUCAGCUCAAGGAAGUAAAGUGGGCUGGCAACCCGUACGAGAAGUUCAUAAAAGAGGGCACCGAAGGCUACCUUGAGCCACGAAAAUCGUUCAAGCUAUGGUCAGAAACCGUAGUCGGCAGGUGCCGAGAGUGGACGGAGGAAGAGAUCGAGACAGCCGCUGUGCUUUGUCUGGUCUAUGGUAAAUUCAUUGAGGUAUGGCGGCAGAAGGAAGCCGCGCUGCAGAACUCGCAAUUGACUCGGUUAUUACUUGCCAACUCUGCGCACGAAGUCCGCACACCCCUCAAUGCCAUUAUCAACUAUCUCGAGAUUGCUCUGGAAGGAUCGCUCGACCAAGAGACCAGGGACAACCUUGCCAAGUCGCACUCGGCAUCGAAGUCGCUCAUCUAUGUGAUUAACGACUUACUCGACCUGACUAAAACCGAAGAGGGCGGUGAUUUGACGAAAGAUGAGGUUUUCGACCUGAAGGCUAUGCUGAUUGAGGCCACGGACAUGUUCAAGGGAGAUGCCAGACGCAAGAACAUAACAUAUGAAGUCGUCGACCACCCAGGUCUGCCGCACAACGUCAUUGGCGACCAGCGGAGAGUACGACAGGCGAUUAGCAACGUUACGGCGAAUGCGAUUCAGAACACCAGUGAUGGUGGCGUCAAAGUCGAGAUGUACAUUGCCAGCAAGGAAGGGUCACGGUGCGAGAUUGAGGUAUCGGUCUCCGACACCGGCGUGGGCAUGAAUGGCAAGAAGCUUGACGCGCUGUUUCGGGAGCUGGAGCAGGUACAGACCGAAGGGGACUCGAGCAUAAAUGAUGCGCUUGCGCCAAACGCUGGCGCUUUGCCUGACCCAUCGAAGAAAGAGGAAGCGAAGACCCUCGGACUGGGUCUGGCCGUCGUUGCUCGCGUCGUGCGCAAUAUGAACGGUCAACUUCGACUGAAAUCCGAAGAAGGCAGAGGAUCACGCUUUGUCAUUCAAUUUCCCUUCGAGAUUCCGGACAACGAGCCUAGGCAGCAAGCUAUAGCCGCGCCCGAGUCCUCUGUGGGCUCGGCGACGCCAUUAGCCGAGGACUCCUCUGCCCAACCCUCCACGCCGCCUACGGCGCUGGAGGGUGAGGUGACGCUUAUCGAUCGUGGCAGUGCAGGUUCAAAAAGAGCCUCCAGCCAGGAUCGUGGACUGGUGUCACGGAAAAACAGUGCGGAGAGUGUUCACAGUCGGAAAAGCUUGAGAUCGAUCAUGUCUGGUAAAAGUAACGUCAGCCGAACUUCUGCCCAUAGCGGUAAGAGUGAAGCUGACCGAUUGAUCGAUGCUAUCUCUGAGCCGCACCGGGUGGAAGGAUGGACGGAGCAAGGUAUCUCACGGACCAGUAGUCCCGGCAGUCGAGGAGGAGCCUCCAUGUCCCGGCCCAAACUCGACAAGCGGCAUACAACGGCUGGCAUAGACGAGAGCGGCAGUCCCAUGAGGCGUCGUGGUCCGAGCUUCGAUAUGUCACCCGUGCCGCAGCAGCUCCGCGAGCAGCACGUUCAGAAGCCUGGCGAGUCUCUUAUUGAAGGGCAAGGUCAGCCUGUGCGGCCCAUUCGUGUGCCGGAUGACGGCAUAACAUCGCCAGGAGGCACUGCCCCUCAAAUAAUCGCGUCAGCUGCGGCGUCUGAAAUACCACAUAGUGAUCACAGCGGGCUGCCUGAGAAGUCGGAGGAGCCAGUCUCAGCGGACCAUAUGCGGGUGUUGGUUGCAGAGGACGACCCGGUCAAUAGUAGAAUCAUAAAGAAACGAUUGGAGAAGCUUGGGCAUGAAGUUUAUCUCACCGUCAAUGGUGAGGAGUGCUCAAGUGCCUAUGGGGACAAGUCAGGCUUCUUCGACAUCAUCCUUAUGGACAUGCAAAUGCCCAUUGUGGAUGGUCUGACUUCCGCCAAGAUGAUCCGGUCGUUCGAAAAAUCCCAUCCUACACAUCUUCUUUCGAUGCGGGCCUCGCUUAAUGGGCGAGUACCGAUUAUCGCCGUCUCAGCCUCACUCGUGGAGAGGGAACGGCAGAUUUACAUCGACACAGGCUUUGAUGGCUGGAUCCUGAAGCCGAUAUCAUUCGUCCGUUUGAGUGAGAUUAUGACUGGUAUUAUUAACGAAGACGUCCGGCGGGCCAAUCUGUACGCUCCAGGACGGUGGGAAAGUGGUGGUUGGUUCGACGAGGCGCAGAAGGAUGUCUUCGACGCGAAAACAAAGCCAAGU